UACGGGGGGAGUCUGGUCCAGUCUAUUCGGCCUUCUUCUUUGGGAGAUUCGCUUCUCUUCUUUAAUCCCUCUUCUAUCCUUUCCCCAGAUUUCGCUGUCUGUCUGUGGUGUUGAAAAUCCACCUUUUUCUUUUUCACUGUUUUGCUCAUCGUUUGCUUUCUUCCUAACCCAAGGGAAGACAUCGGUGGCACUAUCAAUCGUUUUUAUUUUCUCGUCGCUAUUUCUCUCUCGCUCAAGUCACGCGGUCGAGUCCCGAUCGAUCGAAAAAAGCACACGCAGAAUCUACGCGAUAAUUUCUAAACCAGACACUCGCUUUCUGCGGAGUUGCCCGACAUCCUUCUGCUCUCGUUAAGAAGGAAAAUCCUGCGUAUUCAAGGGAUAUUUCCAGAAAGGGGACAAUCUUUUCGGAUCGAGGACGCGCAAACUGUUUCGCGGCCCGCAUUCCAUCGCCCUUUUUUACUUGAUUCAACUGUCAAUCAGCAGCCUAAUAAAACGGUCGCUAUCAACACCACGCAAAUACACCUUUAAUCACCGACAACAACCCAAGUCGCUCGCUUGCUGGGUUGUUUCGACUGUCGUUUUUGUGUCUACUCGAUUCAACAGCAGUCGCUACCUGUUCUCGACACUUCAACGCCUUAUCUACUCUUAAUAUCCCGAUCAGAUCAGCUCAGAUCAGACCAUACCAUAAUACCGAACCCCUAAUUCGAGGGCGCUCUUGCAUCAAAGCAUCAGUUACAUCUGUUUUUGCUCGACUAUUUCAUAUUCAUAAUGUUGCGAUCUCUUGUUGUUGCUGCCCUUUUGGGCGCUAGCUCUGUCGCCGCUGUCAAGUGCACGCGCAGCAGCCACUGUCCCGAGGACUCGCCAUGCUGCUCCAGUAAGUUACCUGCACGAAGUUGACGAUUUCUGAUAUCUGACAUGUAUCAGCCUAUGGUGAAUGCGGUGUUGGUGCGUACUGCCUGGGUGGUUGCGAUCCUACAAUGUCCUUCUCCCUCGACUCUUGUGUCCCCGCUCCUGUUUGCGAGGACCGCAAGAUGAAGAUGAACUCCCUUGAUUCAAUUGUCGAUAUCGGCAAGUAUCUUGGUGAUUCUUCAAAGGCCGACUGGGUUGCACAGGGUGAGCCUGUUGUUUUCCAGAACAACGUUCUUCUUACCAUGCCCAAGGACAGUGUUGGCACUCUGCUGUCUUCUACUGUCUACAUGUGGUAUGGUAACGUCAAGGCUCGCUUCAAGACCAGCCGUGGUGCUGGUGUCAUUACUGCUUUCAUUCUCUUCUCUGACGUCAAGGAUGAGAUCGAUUAUGAGUUUGUUGGUACAGAGCUCGGCGAUGCUCAGACCAAUUAUUACUUCCAGGGCAUCACCAACUACGAGAAUUCCGAAAACAUUACGCUGUCUGAUACCUUUGCCAACUUUCACGAUUACGAAAUCCGAUGGACCCCCGACAAGAUUGAGUGGUGGGUUGAUGGCAAGCUCGGCCGAACUCUCCAGAAGAGUGAUACCUGGAAUGCCACCUCUAAGAACUUUGACUUCCCUCAGACACCCUCUCGCGUGCAGCUUUCUCUGUGGCCUGGUGGUAAGGAGGGUAAUGCCGAAGGUACUGUAGCAUGGGCUGGAGGUCCUAUCGACUGGGAUGCUCCCGAUAUCCAGAAGAGUGGUUACUACUUUGCUACCUUCUCCGAUGUUGAGAUCCAAUGUUUCAACGCCAAGUCUGGUCCUGGCUCCAACUCGGGUACUAGCUACUGGUACAAGGAUGCUGCUGGCACCAACGACACCAUUGUCGACGGUGACAAGAGACACACCAUUGCUUCUCUGAUGGCCACUGGUGAGGACAUGGACAAGGGAAAGAAGGAGGACAAGAAGAAGGAUAGCAAGGACGAUGACAAGGACGAUAAGGACAGCAAAGAUAGCAAGGACAAGGAUAAGGACGACGACGAUGAUGAUGAGCCUGCCACUAUUCCUGGCGGCAGCAGCGGCGCGCCUUCCAACGACCACGGAGACGAUAGCAGCGAUGACAGCAGCUCUGGUUCCGGUUCUGGCAGUACCCCCAAGGGCAACCCUGACGGCAGCACAGAUGAUACUGAGCCCGCUGACACCACCAACUGUGAGACCAACAGCUUCAACCAAGACUGCGCCAGCUCGAGCUCUAGCUCGAGCAGCAGCAGCAGCAGCUCAGAUGAUGGAAAGGGUUCCAACGCUGGCACACGGAACGGCGCAAGUGCUCUGGCCAUUAUCAUCGCCGGUGGUGCUCUGUUCUGGCUGUAGUCAAUGAUGAUGGCGUUUGAUGUCCGUCCUGCGACUCCUCCCAUUAACCUCUCUUUUUUCUUACCACUCUUAUAUAGCAUCUCACCGCACGUUUCCUGUUUAGCAUUUCAUGACGGUCGGCAUUGAGAUUUUGUAUGUAAUUUCUUCUCUUUCAUGGGUCCAUAUUCUGUUAGUAGAGGGACGAUAAUGGUAAAUGGUUUUGCAUGGGCUUCUUUAAAUGAGGUAUUUUGCUUGCUGUGCAUGUGAUGGCAUGUGAAGAAUACUGGGCGGCUUGGUUAUUUAAAUAUGUGAUCAUCUGGUCUAUGCGCCUGGUUAUGGAGAAGAUGUAUGUUUGGGAUUGAGUAGAGGGACUGGGUCAGGCAGACUCCUUCGGAUUUGAUGGCAUGAUGAGGACAUCCGUGUUAAGAUGACAGGUACUAAAAUCUCACGUGCAAGCGAAGGAUUAGUUAGUGAAAGUAAUGACAAGUCGACCUGCCAGUGAAAGCAAAGAGAAUAAGCAUAACCAUUAGUCAAAGCGUUGAGGAUCGAGACAAACCAUGGCCUCAGAGAAUGGCCAACCAAUUCAGCCCUACUCUGAGCAUGGCAUCAUUUGACCUCAAGCUAUCGGGUCGGAGAAAAAAAGGCCG